AUGGAUCCACUGUCUUUCAAGCACACCGUGACAGUUUACAGUGUGCUUGUGCUUGCUUCCUCGGUUGUGGGAAGCGUAGCAUACACCAUUCUGAUUGUGCUUCUAAAAAAACCCCAUAAAGCCAAAAUGGAUGAGGAAUCUGUCUUUGCGUCACAAGAACAUACUGAAAUGCUGCCAGCUCCCGUACCCCCGUCUCCGAACUCUGUUAAAUUUGAGCCGUGGAAGCCGUUGAUGAGGAAACUUCCAACGACUCCACCUUCCCCGUUUCAAGACAACGAACAUGUGGAAUCGACAGCUGAGGCCGAGGCAAUUGAGGACUCUGUGACAUAUACCACUGAGCUGGGUACAGAAACACCAAACAUCAACAUGAUAUUGCUGUCAACCUCUAACAUAAGAAGUUACAUUUAUCUGUCUCAGGAGCUCAUGGACUUGGGAACCUUAAUCGAAACACAGGCUAUUGAGGUGCCUAUCCAUAAGGAUGAGAAUGGCAGAAACAAGUCAAAAGUAAGGCUCUCUCAGCUUCUUAGAUUUACCCAUCAGAUUCCCCGCCGUCACUUCUCGGACAUUGACACUUUGGAAAGGGCCAUUGACGAUAUUUUGGUUGGUGCCGAGAGCUGCCCAGUCGACAAAACCAUUAGUCUCUUCCGUCUUGUGACCAUAGGCUCUACAGAGCAAACCUACGACAACGCCUACUUUUUCACCAGACCAUUUCAUCAAGCAGUUGCCUGGUGUUCAGAUUUAUCCUUGUUCAGCCAUGAGCCCGAACUGUUGCAAAUGAGCAUUGCAGAAAUGCUCAUCUGCUGGUGCUGGAAUCAAUGGUGUUGCGCUCACGGAACCCAUACAAAAAGCAGUGAGCUCUUGAGAGUUUUGGCCCAGGCAGCCUCAAUGGCAUCCACUGAGACCUACCACAGUGUAGGUCAUGUGGAGGUGAUGGCUGUUUUGUGCCAGGUCUACAGCGGUCUUGGCUAUUUUGCACCCAAUGUUCAGAAACCUAUGAUGUUGAAGGCAGCCACGGUGAUGAAGGCAUGUUCUUCUACGGCCCCCUGCCAUGUUCACAGAGAUCUUGUUCCGAUCUAUGCCCAGGCUGUAUGUGCUACUCUGCGCCAAAGCAGCCUUGUGGCUUUAUACGAGUGUCUCAGUGUGCUAGUGAGUCCACAUCGUCAAUGUUGCUUAGAAUAUAGAGACCUUGCACCGCCAACUUCUGACUUGCUUGCAUUGUUGAGACAUGGAUUAUGGACCAGGCAGCCACCAGAGGUUCGAGAAAAAGCCCAGUCCUUGGCAGACAGACUAGGAGAACAGUUUGAGCAAAUGGAGGAGUGGUGCAAUCGGGAUGAGAGCUCGACCGAGUCUGGGGAAAACAUAGUUGCUCCAGGCGCCUGGCUGAUGUUUCGGUGA